AUGGCUCACCUGCUGUUUCUGAUGGUUUGGUCUCUAGGGACUUCUGCACAGAGCUUGUUUCAAUUUGAAUCUGAUGACUAUAUUUCAUAUCGCACUCUUCCGAAUCAUCUAAUAACUAGGUGGAAUAUUACAAACUAUGAUCAAUCAUCUCUAUCGUCCGGCUACUGGUUCACAGCCCCCUACUGGCAACACGGAGGAGACAAAGAUACGAAUCAGUGGAUUCCGUAUCAGGUUGGGCCUCAUAUCUUCGAUCAGGACGGGGAACUCGUAUGGUCCGGCUCGGUUGAGUUCAGUAACUUGAACGUAUACGACUUUCGCAGAAUCGAUCUCCCUGAUGGAACAGGUCAACUUCAGCCACACUUAGCGUGGAUGAAAUGGCAUAAGCCGUAUGCGAUGGAGACAGAUGGUGGAGCGGCAGUCUACAAUAACAACUACCAACCUCGGAAAAUGCUCCGCGUCCCAGCGAACGAGAUUGACACUCACGAUUUCAACGUGAGAUACCCGCCUAAUGUUUUACAAAUCCAGAGCCGAGGAGAAUACAUCAGAUUAGAUGAACUUGGUCGCCCUGAAGCAGAGCAAGUGAUCACAAACAACGGGUUUACGGAGACGAAUCUCAUUACCGGCGAAAAGACAUUCGAGUGGAGGAGUAACAACAAAGUGAAGCUCAAUGAAAGCUACAUUACAUUAGCAGAGGACGCUCAUCCUCGCGACGACUAUAUGCAUGCGAACGCUAUCGACAAAAAUAAAAAUGGCGACUAUUUACUUUCCGCCCGACAUACCAGCACAAUCUACCUGAUUUCAGGCAAAGAUGGUCAUAUAAUUUGGCGACUGGGUGGAAAAAAGAAUGAUUUUGAAAAAGAUUUCGAUUUCUACGGUCAACACGAUAGCCGUUUCAUGUCCGUGAAUUCAACCCAUAUGGAGAUUUCCUUAUUCAACAAUGGUGCUAUCGAUGCUGAUGCUCGAGAACUCACCUCAUCUGCCAUGUAUGUCAUGCUUGACCUAGUUGCAAUGAAGGCGACUUUAUUACAGCGCUAUAUACGUCCUGACAAGGGCAUCACCGACCGCCGAGGAAAUAUGCAAACCCUUGAAAAUGGAAACGUCCUUAUCUGCUGGGCUUGGGAUGGUUAUAUGAGCGAGUAUUCCCGCAGUGGAAAGUUGCUUAUGGAGGCUAAAUUUGCCUCUGAUCGACACGAUACAUACCGAGCUUAUAAGUUUCCAUGGGUCGGCCGUCCUUUAUAUCCUCCUGCUUUGAUCUCUGAGGCACAGGGCGUAAACGGAUCCGAACUGUCAACUAUGUUCCAUGUCAGCUGGAAUGGCGCAACAGAUAUCAAGCAUUGGAGAUUCUACGCUCGGAAUAGCCCAACAGGAGAGAAAUAUGAGAUCGGGACGAUCUCCAAGAAGGGAUUUGAGACCUCGUUCAUCGCCCGUGGAUACAUGGACUGGGUUUCUGUUGAGGCACUAGAUACUGAUAUGGAGCCUCUCGGUGUAACUCCCGAUUUGAGAACUAAACUUCCGGAGUACUGGGACGCAUUGGCACUACUUCCACAACCUGAUAACCCUAAACUUCUGACUACAGAGAACAGCGCCCAAUCAGUACGAUAUGAGAAGGGAAUACUCAUGUCUCUGUUUCUUGCUGGAUUCUUGUUCAGCUCCCUUACUUUUAUGCUCUCUCGCUACUGGAGAUAUCUCAUUCGUCUAUCCACUAUAUCCUUUUCAAAGGUUUUUGCCGGUGGCUAUGUACGGGUUUGGUCGGAGGAGCCGGAGGAGCUGGAAAGGAUUGACGAGACGAGAUUCUUCAAGCCAAAUGUGUAG